UAUAUAAUGAAGGUGAUGAGAGAAAUUUAAUUUUGCCAGGACAUGAUCAAGCAAAUGAAAUUACCACCCCAGAUGGAGACUCUUCCCUUCAAUCUUUGCAACCCCAAGAAAAAAUCUGCCAUAAUCAACCGCUCUUACGCUCUCCUCCAUUCCAUAGCUAUAACUUCCCUGAUUUUCUACAGACUUUCUUCUUUUUUGCAUUCGAGACGACCUUCUCUCCCUCACCUUCUAGUCUUUGCCUCUGAGCUUAUUCUUUCUUUCCUUUGGCUCCUCAGCCAAGCUUAUCUAUGGAGGCCCGUUUCUCGUCAAACAUUCCCUGAAAGAUUGUUGCAAGAAAAGAAAGAUGAACUACCGGGAAUCGAUGUGUUUAUAUGCACUGCAGACCCCGAAAAGGAGCCGCCUUUGGAGGUAAUGAACACUGUUGUAUCCGCAAUGGCACUGGAUUAUCCAAUAGGGAAGCUCUCGGUUUAUGUUUCGGAUGAUGGAGGUUCUGCCUUAACAUUACAUGCUAUGAGAGAGGCUUGGGAUUUUUGUAGGUCUUGGCUUCCAUUUUGUAGGAGAUUUGGGAUAAAAACCAGCUGCCCCAAGGUCUACUUUUCAAGGUACGAUGAUGAUCUAGGGGGAAAAGUAUACGAGGAAGAAAAAGAGAAGAUCAAGCAAAAGUACAAACUCUUCGAAGAGCACGUGAAGAUUGCAGAACAAAGUGGAAGGAUGCUCGUUGAAACCAGCAUUUUGAAUAGUAAAAAUCAUGCAGAACAUAUCGAGGUAAUGCAAGAUGCAUCCCAAAAUGCAACCGACACUAAUCAAGCCAAGAUGCCACUUCUUGUCUACGUUUCUCGUGAGAAAAGCACUUCUUCUCCUCACCAUUUCAAAGCUGGAGCACUCAAUGUUCUUCUUAGGGUCUCCAGCAUGAUAAGCAACUCCCCUUAUAUUUUGGUAUUAGACUGUGAUAUGCGCUGCAAUGACCCAACAUCCGCACUACAAGCAAUGUGUUUCCACUUGGAUCCUAAAAUCUCUUCCAACCUAGCUUUUGUUCAAUUCCCUCAGAUGUUCCACAAUCUCAGUAAGAUGGAUAUCUACGAUGGCCAGUUAAGAUCUAUAUUCUCGGUAAAGUGGCCUGGUAUGGAUGGAUUGCAGGGACCAAUGCUAUCUGGAACUUGUUUUUACAUGAAGCGACAGGCAUUAUAUGGAGAUGUAGUACGAGAAGAUAUCGACCCCAUUCAGUUAAAACAAUAUCUUGGUCCAUCAAAUGAAUUAGUCAAAUCACUUCACCGAAGCAACCAUCACAAUUCUGCGAACAACAAUGACUUGCCAAUCAGCAGAUUGCUAGAAGAAACCAGGUUUUUGGCCUCCUGCACAUACGAGACAGAAACUCAGUGGGGAAAGCAGGUUGGAUUCUUGUAUAAUUCUGUGGUAGAAGAUUAUUUUACUGGGUUAAAUUUGCACUGCAAAGGGUGGAAAUCUGUCUUUUGUAAUCCCCCAAGGCCAGCAUUCUUGGGCACAGCUACAACAAAGUUGAAUGACACAUUAUUGCAAGGUGCAAGGUGGAACUGUGGGGUGUUUCAAGUUACCCUCUCAAGGUUUUCUCCUCUAAUUUAUGGAUUAAUAUCAAGAAUGUCUCUGCUGCAAACAACGUGUUAUGCUUACCUUUCACUUCAGCCGCUCUAUUCCUUGCCCAUGUGGUGUUUAGCUACUAUUCCUCAACUUUGCCUCUUAAAUGCCAUUCCACUGUACCCCAAGGUUUCAAAUUCUUGGUUUAUGAUCUUCUCAUACAUUUUUAUCAUGUCACAUUUUAAACAUUUGGAGGAAGUUCUAUCAACGGGUAAUCCAAUCUGGACAUGGUUGAAUGAACAGAGGAUUUGGAUGAUGAAGUCAAUUAUAUCUUAUACCAUUGGAAGUUUGAACGCUGUGUUGAACUGUUUUGGUUUGAGAGAAGCUAACUUCGUGCCCACAAAUAAAGUUGCAGAUGAUGAGCAAGUCACUUUCUACCAAAAGGGGAUAUUCAAUUUCCAAGCAUCAACCAUCGUUCUUGCUCCAUUGGUUACAUUAGUCACCUUGAACAUGAUUUCUUUCGCCGGAGGGGUUGCCAGAAUAAUCAUCAAGGGAAGUUGGAAUGAGAUGUUUGGACAAAUUUUCCUCUCAUUUUACAUCUUAAUGGUACAUUACCCUAUAAUUGAAGGGAUGAUGUUGAGGAAGGGCAAAGGACGGAUUCCACCUUCAGUGACCCUAUUAUCUCUUGCCAUUUCCAUUGCAUUCCUGUGUUUUGGAUCCUUGAUUCUCAUGACUUGAAUUCUCAAGUUCAUCUGCUGCUAUUGUGACGAGGGAGGCAGAAAUUUUUUUAAUAAGAGGCUGCCAUGAAUAAAUCUUUUGUGUUUUUGGUGCUUUUGUUCAAAGAAUUUCAACGCGUAAUACCGUCAUUUUUGUUAAACAAUCAGGACUAAAAAUAUUCAAUGUAAGAUUUAACUUUAGGAUGAUUCUGUAUCAAACUUUUGUUUAGUCAAAAUCAGAAUCAAGGAUCAAAACUCACACUUUAAGGAUAUUCAAUUCCCAAGCAUAAAUUAACCAUCGUUCUUGCUUCAUUUGGUCUUUCGACCUUAAUUGUGGGUUUUGAUCUGUAAAUGAUGUUCCUUUUCGUUACACCGAACUGAUUAAUCGGGGACAUUUUCUGCAUGUAAGGCUAAUGC